AUGGCACCGCGCCAGGCUAGGCCUCGCCUUGUGGCGUCCGCGUUGCCCCUCGUGCUGCUCCUGCUCAAGCCCACACACGCGGCGUUCACCCCGACCCUCUUCUUCAACUACACCUUCCCCCACCACUCCCCGAUGCUAUGGUAUAACCCCGAGUUCCCGUGGAACGUGAGCUUCGAUGGCACGCCAUGGGCGAGCCGGCAGGACGGGAUGCUGGGGCUGGGGCCAAGCCGCCACUUUGCGCCGGACGGAACGAGCGGCGCGCGGAGCUUUGACCUCGUGUUUCCCUUCACGGCUGCGUAUGUGUACGGGCGAGGGGCCGCGCCGGCGGCUGGGGGCGGCGCGGUGCCCAUCUUCAAGAUGGACGAGACGGAUCUCGCGUCGACGGUGAAGAGUUUGGACGGGCCCGUGCUCGCCAGCGAGGGCAACAGGCCGUAUGGCACGCAGGUGCUCCGCUUCGGCACGACCAACGGGCUGAUCGAGGUGGAUGGGGUGACCUUCACCACGGGCCUGCAGAGCAACGCGACCUCGUUCGAGGGCAUGCCGCGCACCGAGUUCCCGUUCGUCGUUAACGGUGCCAAGAAUCCGGCAGUCACGACGCUGGACAACAAUAUCCGGAUCGUGACACAGCUCGGUGGCGUGGGCGGCCAAGUGAGCGUCAAGCAGGACAUCAUGUACCUCCUCGCGGGGGAGAACAUCACGGCCCCGAUUCCGGCCGGGUCAGCCUUCAUGAGCCUCCACGGCACGACGGGGCCAGACCACGGCAACUUCUACCUUCGCAUUGUGCCGCCACCGCCGAACUGGAAGUUUGGCGCCGGCGACCAGAACUGGGCCAUCCUGAGCGCCGCGAGCCCGUUCGUCGUGCCGAACGCGACGCACUUUGCGUGGCCGCUAGACCCGGCGCAGAGCUACUCGCUGCAGCUGAGCAAGGCGGCGUACAACGCCACGACGGGGCUCAGCUCCAUGCUGUUCUACCAGGGCUCGGCCGACGCGAGCGCGACGGUCACGGCGACUGGGGUUGGUGGCGGUGGGCCGAUCGAGACGGGCGGCGGAAGCGGGGCUGGCAGCGGAACUGGUGGCAAUGGGUCCACUGGCGGGCCUAACGGAGGUGGGAACACGGGCAGCCCCAACCCGACCGGCGGGUCCACGCCCAAGUCCAACGCCGGCGCCAUCGCCGGCGGAGUAGUCGGCGGGGUGUUCCUCCUUGCCCUGCUCGCCGGGCUGGCUCUCUGCCUCCGCCGAAGGCGCCAGCGUGCCGCCCUCCCCCUCGCCACACCGUUCACGCCCGACGCGAAGAACACGCUCGACCUGAACGACAUGUCCAACCUGGCGCAGGAGGACCGGCUCCGGAUCGACGCGUACGACGACACCAAGUCGGGCUUUGGCGACCUGGGCCACCGGCCCGCCGACGACCGGCUGAGCCCGCAGGUGAGCGUGAGCAACAUGCGGCGCACUGGUGCCGGUGCUGGCCCCAGCUCGCUCAGCAGCCCCACCACCCCGGGCAACGGCGUCGUCACGCCCGCGCUCCCCGUCCCGAGCGGCACCACGUUGUCCGACCGGCGUGAGGUGCUUGCCUCGAGCUCGAGCGACCCCGACCCCGAGCCCGAGGUCGACGCUGGCCGUAUCCCGCAUGAGCGCCCGCCGCCGACGUAUAACCCCGACUGGCGGGACGAGGAUGACCGCGGCCGGCGGCGCCGGGCGCCUGCCCCGCGCGCGGGCCCGAGCAGGGCACAGGCCAAGGCAGCUGCGCAGGCCGCCGCGGCGGACCCAGAGCCGGACGGAGGCAAGCCCUCGGGGUCCCGCCCGCUGCCGGAGACGCCGGGCGACCGCUUCUCGGCGAUGAAGGACGCGCUCCGCCGCCCAAGGCGCGGGUAUGAGGAGAUGAAGGAGGCCUUGAGGCGCGGGGGAGGGGCCGAGGCUGGGCCUAUUAGCGGGUACGAGGAGAUGAAGGAGGAGCUGCGGCGCGGCGACGACGCGCCGCGGUGA